CCACCAAUGCAUCACAUUGAGUCACUCAUCAAAAGUUUCCAAGGAUACAGAGUCACAGACUCCUCAGUCCUCACUGUCCAUUUACCACAAAUCAGAUGAAUAUAAUUAUUAAAAGGCCAAGCUUGUCAUUUCAUCACAUGUGGCUCCGAGCAUGGACUUCAAUUAUUUAUAACAUAUAUAUUUUUUUCUUUUUCAUUUCAGAGGGAGAGAGAAGAGAGCGGUGACUAGUCCCAGGAGUGGCCUCAGAGAUCUGUGACUGCUACAGUUGGCACAGAUACAGAUAGGGCAAGAGAGAAAGCAAAGGAAGGAGAUCAGACUAGCUAAGCUUGUUCAUGGAGUGGAGAAGGUGGAGGAGAUCUUCUUGUCCAACCAUCUUCUGCUGCAGUACUCUUCUUCUUUCUCUCUUCUGUCUCACUGCUCAGCUCCCAACUCAUCGCUCUCUCAACCAGAAAGGAGGUGUGGACAGUUUAAUGAUGGAGCCCUACUCUCAGGUGGCGGACGGGGCGUCGAGGCGGAGGGCGCUCGCCGGCGGGCCGGGGUCGUACCCGCCACGGUGCACGGGCAAGUGCGGCGACUGCGCGCCGUGCGACCCGGUGCACGUGUCGGUGGCGCCGGGGUCGUCGCCGGUGACCACCGAGUACUACCCGGAGGCGUGGCGGUGCAAGUGCGGCAACAAGCUCUACAUGCCCUGACGUUGCUUCCUCGACUGUAAUUACUUUCGCAAUCUGGUACUGUCGCCGGAACCCUCCUACCCCGCCGCUGGCCGCCGCCGUACGACGGCCACAGGGGGAGGAAGCAUGCUGCAAUAUUAAUAUUCAGUUUUAUUCAUGUAAUAAUUAAGGCGAUUAGAUGAGUUAUUGGUUCUGGGGAAGAGAAUUAAAUGUGUGGAGUUUGAGAGGCUUGUUGUGUAAUUGUGGUGUUAAGCUCGUGGAUAGAACAGAGUAAGGGGUUAAGGGACCCACCGGCCACCGGCCGCCGGCUACCAACAUUUUUUAUAUUCUAUUUUUAGUCACAUAAUAUUUGCUACCACUUUAGAACUA